AAAUGCUCAGAGUCCAGAGAGCCGUGAAGUCAGAGUGGAUGACCAGCCUUCCCUGGAAGCUGAAGUGCCCCCCUGAGAGGAUGAGGUUCUCCGUGACUGCCUUCUUGCUCCUCAUCUUCAUCCUCAUCCUCACCACUCCUGCUUUGCACGGCCAGUCAAAAAUUCCUGAAUCAGUUAACAACUCUCCCACCUGCUGCCUGAGGCAUCAUGAGAAAGUUUUCCCAAAGAAACUGGUGGCGGGAUACAGAAAGGCCCUCAACUGCUACCUGCCAGCAAUCAUCUUUGUCACCAAAAAGAACCGAGACAUCUGCUCCAACCCCCAAGACAAAUGGGUCCAAGAGUACAUCAAGGAUCCCAAAAUACCUUUGCUGCCUCCCAGAAACAUGGCCAGGGUUAAAAGCAUUAGGCCAUAGGAAGGCCACACCACAGCUCUCCAUGACCAUCAGGCCUUGGUGGGAGUCCACAUUCGGGAAAGAAAGGUGCAGCUCAAACGAACUAAGGGUGGUG